AAAAAACAAAAAAAAAAAGAUAGAUAGAGUAAUUACUUUUGUACUAAAUGACAGCAGUUCCAACCACUCCUGCACGCUCAAGUACAGCAACAACAAACAUGACAACAGCAGCAACAACAAUGCCCACUCAAGAUGAUCACUUGCCUCAUUUAUUAUCACUUAAAGUCAUGCGUUUAUCUAGACCUCAAUUUGUUUCUACUCUACCUGUAUACUAUGAAUCGGCAGAAUCAACGUCUUUGGUUGAAGGACUUGAGAACAAUAAUAUCCUAGAUCUCAUUACAUGUCAACCUAUUCAACCCAGUGAACUACACAUUCGAGACUUUGGUUUAAGUCAAAUGCUCAAACUCCCUUCCGCGUUUGGAAAUAUAUACCUUGGUGAGACCUUUAGUACACUUAUAAGCAUCAAUAAUGAAUCACCUAUACCCAUCCAUCAGAUGACAGCCAAGAUCGAGCUACAAACUUCUUCACAGCGUUUUCUACUUGCCGAAGCAUCGCCUCUUGAUCUAACACCGUCAUCGACUAGGGACAUCACCGUGUCGCAUGAGAUCAAGGAACUCGGUGUUCAUAUCCUCGUCUGUUCUGUACAUUAUAUAGGUGACGGCAGAAAACGCCAUUUUCGAAAAUUCUACAAGUUCCAGGUCUCGAAUCCACUUGCGGUCAAGACUAAGUUGAACAAUAUGAUUGAUGGCCGUGUCUUUCUAGAAGCUCAGCUGCAAAAUGUCUCGGCUAGUCCCAUGUAUCUAGAACGCAUGAAGUUCGAGCCGUCGGAACACUUUCAAUAUGAAAGCUUAAAUCAGAUCAUUGACGAGUCAAAUGAUAAGACAGUCUUUGGAAACCAUUUUAUUCAUCCUCAAGAUGUGCGGCAGUACCUCUACAUGCUCUCACCUCGCCACUCAGCGACUGAUCGUAUAUCACGAACUACAAAUGCUCUAGGCAAGCUUGAUAUUGUCUGGCGAACAGCUCUAGGUGAUAUGGGACGUCUUCAAACAUCACAGCUCACACGAAAGGCGCCCUUACUCGAGGACAUAGAGAUUCAACCCUUUUGGCCACAAGAAGGUGAUGUCAAGGUUGUGCUGGAGACACCUUUCCGCUUAGGUAUUCGCGUCAUCAAUCACUCAAACGAAAAUAUGAAACUUGUGCUUUCAGCUGUCAAGACAAAAAUGGGGUCUGUGUUAUUGUCGGGAUUAGGUAGUCGGCAACUGGGUGAAGUUGGCCCAAAUCAGUUUACAGAAACAGAACUCGAAUUUUUCCCUCUGACACCUGGUCUACAACGAGUAGGUGGUUUAAGGGUCAUGGACUUACUUACGGGUUAUACUAAGGAUGUGGACCAUGUAUGCGAUGUCUUUGUCCUUUCACAUAAAAACGACACAUAUGAUUUGUUAUUGGCUUAAUAAAAUCUUUAUGCAACUUGAUUGUUUCGCUGAUUGCCGCACUUGA